AUGGCCUUCUCUCAGCAAAACAUGAACUCACAAGAUGAGCUUGCUGCUCUCCUGGCUCGCAACUUGACCUUCAACUCGGUUCCUGAGCCUGCACCUGUGCCUCAAGAGCAGCCCAAAGCAGACUAUGCUGAGCCUAUCGUCUACACUUCCGUUCAUUACACACACUCAGCCCAUAUUACCCAAGCGGCCCAGCACCAGGAAAUUCCUCGUCGAUCUUCUGAGCCACCCCAGACCCAAGCGCCGAGUGUCGAAGCCAUCUUGUUGCACCAUGGUGUUAACCCAGCUACACUCACCCCUUCACAACUCCAGCUUUUCAAGGUUGCUGAGCCUCCUCAGCAAGAGAGACUUAUUGAGCUUUGGAACAUCUGCCCCCCUGGAAACGGCGGCGAUAUCCCUGCUCUUGCAUGGAGCAGCACUACUGUCGAGAACGAGGAGCAACUAGCCCGCAUCCGCUACGAUAGACUGUCCCAACAACAUCAAGUCAUGAGUUUGGACGGCACACAGGUCCAAACAAACGAUGGUAGAUGGGUUAGCCAGCAAGAGCCUGAGAUGGAGCCAUACAUGGCAUCUGGCUACGAGGAGCUUAUGCGAAGAGAGCAAGAACGAGAGGCUCGAGAUUCUCAGCCUAGAAGCACCUAUGGACUCUACUCCCAUGCUACUGACCCGGUCUACAUGGGCCCCGACUAUGCCCGCGAGCAACAGCUGCUGGCGAUGGCAUCCCAAUAUGGCGCCUGCCAUGGGUUCCGAGCACCCGAGAUGGACACGAUGGAUGUUAUGUAAAUGAACAACACUUUUAUCGUGCUGAUAAACAGAACAGCACUGCUUCUCAAUCCAGGCUACCCAGGUCAGGAGAUGAAGAAUGGACUUGGAGUCUUUUUUUGGCGAUGUAUGAGCUACAUGUGCCACCAAACGCACAUGAAGGAAACGCGAUGAAUGCAUGAACGACCGGAUAUUGUGUGGAAUUUAUUAUUUAUUUGUAUGGUCGUCAGUAAGGAUGAGAUUAUCACGAGAAACCGGCUUUUAAGGGAAAUGGAUCAGACGGCGCUGGAGGAGCAUUAGCUUUCAAUUUACAAACUACUUCUCUCCCU